AUGGACCCUGGAAAUGACUCUACGGUGACCGAGUUCAUCCUCACUGGCCUGACAGACCAACCAGAAUUCCAACUACCACUCCUCCUCCUCUUCCUUGCAAUCUACAUGGUCACUGUGGUGGGGAAUCUGGGCAUGAUCAUCCUCGUAAGUCUCAGUUCUAAUCUGCAAACCCCCAUGUACUACUUCCUCUGCAGCUUGUCCUUCAUUGAUCUCUGCCAAUCCACCAUUAUUACGCCCAAAAUGCUGGUGAAUUUUGUGACCGAGAAGAACAUCAUCUCAUACCCUGAAUGUAUGACACAACUCUACUUCUUUGUCAUCUUUGCUAUAGCAGAGUGUCACAUGUUGGCGGCCAUGGCCUAUGACCGCUAUGUUGCCAUCUGUAGCCCCUUGCUCUACAAUGUCAUCAUGUCUUCCCAUGUCUGCUUUCUGCUCACAAUGGGAGUUUAUAUCUGGAGUAUCAUUGGCUCUUCGGUCCAUACAGGCUUUGUGUUAAGACUGUCUUUCUGUAAGACCAAUGUAGUCAACCAUUACUUCUGUGAUCUUCUUCCUCUCUUUGGAAUAUCCUGUUCCAGCACUUACAUCAAUGAACUGAUACUACUAAUUAUGAGUGCAUUUAACAUUAUGAUCCCUUCCUUAACAAUCCUGUCCUCCUACAUCUUCAUCCUCUCCAGCAUCCUCCGCAUUCGCUCCACAGAGGGUAGAUCCAAAGCCUUCAGCACCUGCAGCUCCCACAUUGCAGCUGUCACUAUUUUCUUUGGGUCCUUGACUGUCAUCUACCUGCAGCCAUCCUCUGUGAACUCGAUGGGCCAAGGGAAAAUCUCUUCUGUGUUUUAUACCAUCAUUGUGCCCAUGUUGAACCCCUUGAUCUACAGUUUGAGAAAUAAAGAUGUCAACUUAGCCCUCAAGAAAAUCUUGGAGAGUAGAAAGUGUUCAUGA